GAAGAUCAACAAUGAGGUGUGACCUGGAAUCAUGUUAGGUUCACGUCAACCAGAAGAAAGCGGGGGUUUGGUUGCGGCACUCAAUGCUGGAACCUAGAUGCUAUCUUCCAGUACUCCUCAUAAGGUUUGCGACAGUCAAGGUGUCCUAUCCAAAAUGGUCCUGCGGACCCAGCUAUAAAUAUGCGAUCCCUCCGGAGCCCUCUUUUGCAUAUUUGGUUGCCAUACUCUCAAUCUUCGGACGGCGCAAAAUGCCUUGGUAUCCAUGGGGAUGGCCUCGCAUGGGCCUCUACAGCUCUGGAAGAGAUUACAGGAUUCCGAAACACCUCAUGGGGCCCAUCGUCCGGACUUUCGUUACAAUGAUGUUUCUAUCGACUGGAAACAUCGUGUUUCCGAUCUUUAAUAUCGGCGGUACCGUCGCGUCAUGGCUUCUCUUCUCGAUCAAUUUGCUCUGGAUAAUAGCUGCUACGGUUUGCAUCUGUGUGGUCGGGAAGUUUCGCCUCUUCAUCGGGGCAUACGACCCGACUGUGCGCCUGUUUGCCUUGACAAUGAUGGCCGGUUGGUGGUGUCUUGCGGCGAUCAAUUUCACCUUUAUGACGACUGCUAUCUGCCGAUGCUACCAGGGUGACAAAUUGGAUUAUUGUGCUCUAUUUGGCGUGGGCAACUCUGUGAUAAGCGCUCCGCUUGUGAUGAGGAUAUCCGAUACCCAGUGGACACUGUUCUCGUGGAUGGUAUUGGUUUUGAUGAUGUGCGCAACAUCUGUACCUGGCUGGGAUUGGAUGUAUCAGCACUGGAGGAUUCGGGAGCGCAUCAGGCUCUCGCUGGAACCUCGCUAGAAAACGGCAUGCUUGCACAUGUUUGAGGAUGAG